GUACACACUCCCGAAAGUUGCGACUACUAUUGGCACGGCCGGAUCUUUCGCGGUGUGUCAGUAAACUUUUGUGAAUGAAAUCAUUCGGAUUACGCGGAUUUCGCUGAAUCCACUUCAAGAACGGCCAACGCCGCACCAUCUCUCGGCGAGGUCGCGAACACACGUGUUACCUGCGAGUGUCGAUUUUCACCACAGUAAGGCAAAAACUACCCGGUAAUUCAAUAUUCGACGAGAAACGAAUAAUACGCAAUGCCACUGGCAUCCGAUGGUAUUUGAGGAUACGCGAUAAUACGUAUUAUCGAACACCUCGUCGAUCGAAAUUGGCGAAAAGAUCUCUACCGAUGGAAAACCAAAGCGAAAUUUCGAGACGAGACACGAACCCCCCGAUUUCGCGCCCAACAUCACAAGUGAUACUCCGUGCGAUUUGUGAAACAGUUAUCGUUUUAUUUUACGAUUCCCUGACGAUCGGCGAUUCCGACCUCUCAGCGUCGUUCGUCGUGCCGUUCGGUGUUGUUGACGCCGAGAUCAAUAUGGCGACAGACACGUGCCAUAUCACGCGUACGACGCUGGUGGUCAAUCGUUCAUACGUUUCGACGUGAUUACCCACAAGUGUUUCGACGUCGUGCACGUUCGCGGAUUCGCAAGGAUGGAGAAGCGCAAUGAGACCAAGAUGCGUCAUAAGGAGUGGCGCCGCAUCGUAAAAAAGGAGCGUCGCAGACGUCUGCGGCGUGCGACCGCCCAACAACGUGACGCCGAUGAGGAACGGCUGAGGGCAGCACUGAACAACACCGUGGAAUAUUUGAAGUGGUGCGACGAGCAGGAGAGGUUCAAGAAGGAAACGGAAGCGCGGGAGCGGCGAGAGCACGAAGAACGGGAGAAACAAUGGUUGGAGGAAGAGGUACGAGCGCGAAAAGAAUGGCAAGCUCUUCAACAAAAGAAGGAGGAAGAGAAGCAGAAACAGUUGGAGGAGCAGAGGAAGAUGGCCGAGGAAUUGGAGGCAAAAAAAGAAGCAUUCCGGAAGAAGGAAGAAGAGCACAGGCGCAAGCGAAAGGAGCUACUGCGGAAACGGGAGCAGCUGCAGAAGGAUAUCAACGAUUACAUCGAAAAUCGAGCGAAAACACCCGAGGCUCUGCGAGAAGUCAACGAGACUCAGCCCGGGAAGGAUCUCUGUCCGUUCUUCAUGAAAACGGGCGCUUGCCGGUACGGGGAUAAGUGUUCGAAAAAUCAUCGAAUAGUCUUCCUGAGCAAGGUGAUUCUGAUCCACGGAUUCUACUCGCAUUUUUCCCUCGAGAAGAACUCAGCGGAAUACGACACCGAUGUGACGCUCGAGUACGAGACCUCGGAGACAUGGCAGCACUACCGCGAGUUCUACGAGGACGUAAUAAGUGAGCUGAAAACAUAUGGCAGAAUAAACGUGGUCAGGUGUUGCUGUAACACGGAGGCGCACUUGCGCGGCAAUCUGUACGUCGAGUACCACACGGAGCGCGAGGCCACCAGAGCCUGGAAGAGGUUGAAUGGACGUUGGUACGCCGGCAAACAGCUGAAGUGCGAGUUCGCCAAUCUGAAAUCUUGGCGAAGCGCCAUCUGCGGGAUGACAAAGUGCCCGAAAGGCACGGCUUGCAAUUACCUGCACACCUUCCGUAACCCGCGGGACGAAUACAGCAUCAAGGAAGCCCGACGCAUGAAGAACACUCCCCAAAUAUCGAACAGCAAAAGAAGCGAACGCAGCAGGAGGAAGUCCAGGUGGGAGGAAUCCGUUCGAACCGACAGCCAAGAAGAACGCGACUGGAGAUGGUCUGAAUCUCCUGAGAUCGAGCUAGAGCCUCGGACAAACGACGCGGAGGAGAAACGCACUCAUGUCCCGAAGAAAGAACGAUCGCACAGAUCUUCGCAUGAUGGAAGCGAGAGCAGUUUGAGGAGCUUGAACAGUUCCCGCCGUUCGAGAUCACCCGAGGAACGCCAUCGAUCGAAGAAUCGCAAGAGAAGCCACGACGACGACGAGGAGACCGCGUCGGACGGUCGCUCCUCGAAGAAGCGCAAGAAAAAAUCUAAACGAAGAAACGACAAUGAGAAUGACCACAAAAAAGCGAGAAGGAAUUAAAUACAACGGGAGUCACUGAAAAUCCAAAGACCGCGCAAAUAUAUAUUACAUAUUUUACAUACGUAUAAAUAUAAAAUAUAUACGCGUGUGUGUAUAUAAA